AAAGACUAUUGUAUUAAGGUGGGCGUGGUUUAUAAUCACCAUGUAGAGACAACUCAAAAUUGAUUUGGAUUUUCUUCUAUUGUUCUGAGACUGAGGGAAGUGAAUAUAAUUAUCUGGGUUCUUGUAAAAUGCCUGGUUUUCAAACUGUUCGACACUUUUUCAUUUAAACCAAAGAUAUUCCAACAUUAACUGUUUGAAUGAGUGAUGUAUAUCAACGUGUGCAUGACUUCUCGGACAACCACCACCACAGUCUGCAGAUCAAUCCAGCCUACUCUAGCCCGGUGGAGCUCUUCACAUCACGCUUUUAGUGCCUCACCCUCCCUCUCGCUCGCCCAUGAUUCUGCAUGUUGUAUUUAUGAUACAAGGCAUGCUCUAGCUCUAGGACAAACAAGACAACAAACACGAGGACUUAAUUGUUGCUACAAAUCUACACCUUACGAUUUAGCAUCUAAACACAUUUUAGGUCGUUCUUUUGCAAGUACUGCCAGGAAUAAUGCCAUGGAUUUGAAGAGAGUGGUAUCGCUCCUUGAAGAUUUUGCUCCUACAAGUCUGGCGGGGAGUUGGGACAACGUAGGACUGCUUGUAGAGCCUACUCCUCCACACACUGUGUCAACCGUAUGCCUGACCAAUGACCUGACAGAGGAGGUUUUAGACGAGGCCAUCGAAAAGCAGACGGAUCUGAUCCUCUCCUACCAUCCACCUAUAUUUGUUCCACUGAAGCGUUUGAGGCAGAGGAACGUGAAAGAGAGAAUAGUUGUCAGAGCUGUGGAGAAGAGAAUUGCAAUCUACUCACCGCACACGGCUUGUGAUGCCGUCGAAGGAGGUGUCAAUGACUGGCUUGUAGAAGGGCUUGGAGAUACCAGUUCUAACAAACCAUUAGAGCCAUGCCUAGAUGUAAAGAAUGGGGAUGAUUUCAGCAUCUGUGUGAUGGCCCCUCAAACUGACGUAGAAACGGUAGAAGCCACCUUACAAAAGAUGUCAGGAGCCCAUAAUGUGACGUGCAUAGUUACAAACAACAGUAAUUACCAGAUCACUUGUUCCUGUAAGAAGUCUGACCUAGGCAACAUCUUAUCAUUAGUGCAAAGCCGCUUUGAUGUAGACCAGGCCUCCUUGAAAAUCACACAGCUGACAAAGGCACCCAUGGCAAUAACCGGAGUUGGACGUAUGGCCACCCUGCAGGCUCCUGCCCCUGUAUCGACAAUGGUCAAGAGAAUCAAGACCCAUCUUAUGCUGGAACAUGUGCAGAUAGCUCUCGGUCAAGGGAAAACAUUAGACUCUGAAAUAUCUACCGUGGGCAUCUGUGCUGGGUCAGGGUCUAGCGUCCUCAAUGGUUUGAAAGCAGACAUGUUUUUGACGGGAGAGAUGUCACAUCACGAUCUUUUGGCAGCAGUGGCAGAAGGAACAACAGUCGUCGUUUGUAACCAUAGCAACACGGAAAGGGGCUAUCUCCAUGUGCUGCAAGGAAAGCUAACCAGCAUGUGCGAAAAUAAAAUCAAAGUGUUUGUGUCGGAGAAAGACAGAGAUCCACUCGAAGUUGUGUAAUUUUUUUAAUGUGAAUGUGAUUUGAUACAAUUCUUUUUCCAGAAAGCAUCAAAGCUAUUCUUGAGAAUCAUAUGUCAACAGAAUGCAUGACUAUAAUUCAUUCUGGAUUAUUUAUCUUGCAGUAGAUCCUUUACUCAGUCCCUGUA